AAAAAAAUUGUUGGUGGAGGAGAGAAUCACAAUAUUUUUCCGAGAGAAAAUCACGGAAACCGAUGUAGAUUCUCUAUCUCCAGGUUGUUCACUUCAUUCAUAUAAAGAAGAAAGAAAGAGAGAGAGAGAUCUAAAGAAAGCUAAAAACAUGGAGUUUUUUUUUUUUUUUUUUGAAUUUUCUUUAAAUUCCCACGACUUUUCUCACUACGCAAGAAGAGCCUAUUUCUUCUCAGAUCUUACCUUUCCUUCAAUCUCUCCCACUUGAAUCAUCAUUUUGUUUCUGAAAAACGAAAACAAAAAAAAUUCUUUUUUCUGCACUUACUUGAGAACAAUGUGUAGUAACAACAACACAAGUAGUGGAAGCUAUGGAGACUUACAGUUACAUGAUGAGUACUCUGGUUCUUGUCGGAAGAAACAGAAGAAAGACAAAGUACGACGAAGAGGACCUGGUGUUGCUGAACUCGAGAAGAUCCGUCUUCAAGACGAGUACAAAUCUCCACUUUCUCCUUCAUUACCAAACAUAGAUCACCAUCAUACUCUCUUUGCUCCGGCUAGUAGCGGCUAUGAUUUAGUGACGAUUCCUCCAAACUUUUCUUUCCCGGAGAAACUUCCGUCGUUACCGGUUUUCCCGCUUUCGUACGGAUCUUUGAUUCCUCCGGCGUCGGUUUUUCAGAGGAACCAACAUUCUCUAAUGAUGAAUCUACCAAAUCCAUCUCCAGGAACAGGAAGAUUUUAUCAAUUCAUAGAGCCCCCUUCAAACCAAAGAUCUUGCGUUGAUUCUGUCUCUCAGUUUCUUGAGGAAGAAAAUAAAAAGAUGGUCACUGCGAAGAAGAGGCCAUGGCAUUUUCUCACAGACACCACGAAACCUAGCGUUGGACCAACCACAACUACAAGAAUCAUAAGGGAUGCAAUACAAAACCGGUCAAUGGAUGUAAGUCCGGUUCAAGAGACCGGUACAACAAUUAGCAAUCCCAUCGCCAUUGAUUCACCUACGUCCAUCCCACGUCAUUACCCGAGGUUUAUCCCGCUUGGCUUACAGUAUGAACAACAACCACAAAAAUACUUGGAUGAGAAUAUGCAAUGGAGAAGUAAAAAGCCGUUCUAUAGCUUCAUACCCUCUGGUGAUCCCAGCAAUGAUGACCGAGAACAACGGCCAUGUGACCGAUAUGAAUCAGCUGCUGCUGAUCAUGGAAUUGAUCUCAGCCUUAAGUUAUAGAGAUUUUAGAAUCUGUCUUAUCUAGCUUUGGAUUUAUCAAUUAACUUUCCCGCAACUCUAUUAUUUUGUGAUUCAUCGACGAAUCAGAAGAUUUGCUUAUAACUCUGAAAAGUCUUCCACUUGAGUUUCUAAUGAAAACUACUAUUAUUUGCAA